AUCCAUGGAGAAGUUGAUUGAUGAUCAUACGCAUGGCAUGAUGAUGCACAACUCAUCAGACGGCGGCAUGACGAUGAUGAACCACCGUAAGAUGAUGAUGCAUAUGACCUUCUUUUGGGGCAGCAACACCCAAAUUCUCUUCUCCGGUUGGCCCGGAACCAGAACCGGCAUGUAUGUCUUGGCCCUCAUAGCUGUCUUCAUGCUUGCUUUCAUGGUGGAGGGGAUUUCUCACUCUCGGUUGACGAAAUCCGGUUCGAUCCACCACGUGACCGCCGGUCUGGUUCAGACUUUGUUGCAUGCUCUGAGGGUUGGACUUGCGUAUUUGGUGAUGUUGGCCAUCAUGUCUUUCAACGGUGGCGUUUUCUUGGCCGCCGUGGCUGGCCAUUCUCUGGGUUUUUUCUUGUUUGGCAGUCGAGUUUUUAACAAAAACCCCACCACCGUCCCCGCCGCCAAAACUUCCGAUCUUACUCCUAUGAGUUGUUGAAUAUUAGGUUCUUUUGGGUUAUGUUCUUAAACCCAUUCUCACUAAGAGAAUUGAUGUUUUUAUGCUUUUACAUUUCUCUUUAUCAUUAGUCUAUGCU